UGUGCAAACGCAAAACAUAUUCCCUUCAACCGUCUCCUUUUUGUUUCUUCAUCUCACAGAUUUUUCUCUCUUUUAUUCCCUCACUUGUAUGGCAGCCAAUUUCAAGAGUGGUGGAGGGAUCGCCAGCUUGGGGAAGCGCCUACUUAACCGCACAUCCACUCGCACCGCCGCGCCUGCUCCUCCGCCUGCUGCCGCUGCAGCUAUCAGGAGUGCUCACUCAUCGGCAUAUGACAAGAACCUGGAUGAUCAGGUCCAUGCAAGUGUGGUUCCUGAUGAAGUGAUCCAGCCUCAAUCGGACAAAUACUGGGCUCCGAACCCUAAGACCGGGGUGUUUGGCCCUGCUGCUGAGCAGCUUAAUGCAUCUGGUGGUGGUGGGGAGCAAGGCACCAAUUCCGGUGGCGAGAACUCUGUACUGGAGGAAAAGGCUUGGUUUCGCCCUACGAGUAUUGAGGACCUGGAGAAGCCACACCAUCACUAAACUCACUUAUUAUGAGGCUACUGUUAUAUGGUGGAUAACUGGAUAUAGAUAAACAAAGGUGUGGUUUGGUUGGAUCAAAUAAGUUGGAAAACGUUUCCUUGGUAUUAGGUGGUAGAACUAUAUAGUUGAGGGACUUGUUUACAUGGGAAUUUGCAAACCUAGUUACUAUGAACUCUGUAACACAACCUGUGUUUCUGAUGCUUGCGUGCUAUAUUGCUAUAAAAAUGUUGGGUUAUUUUGUGU